AUGAAAAAUGACGAAUAGUUUCUUAGUUUCAUGGUUGAGAAUGAUGACUCGUAACUUGUUGAAUCUAGACUCUUCAAAGACAACGAUGAAGACUAUUUCAAGUCUCUGAGCAAAUAAUUUUAUGGAUCUAAAUCUCAGGAUGGUAAAUAAUUCAGUUUGUGAACUUUCAUAGUCAAGAAGCAAUUGAAAAUUAUUAAAUCUGCCGGAGAUUUGAAAAUGAAGCAAUCCAAUACUGCUAACUUAAGUAAUGUCUUGCAACCAUUCUCUAUUAGCUACUAACUGCAGUAGGUACUUCCUAAUAUUACUAUCUGUUUUAGUAAAUUCAUAAGCUCUUAAGCAAACCUAAACCCCAAGGCUAGAGUUUACAGAGUUCGUUCAAAACUAAUCAGAAAAUGAAUCAAAUCAAGAUAACUUAUUAACAGCUCUAAAAUAGAAAACUAGUUAUUCCAAAACACGAAGAUUCUAACAUCCUGACCCAAAACUCCUAUCGAAGUACGCUUAAUACAAGCACAAAGAGCCAACCAAAAAAAGAUAACGUCUUAGAUUUGUAUUAAAUGAAAUUAAAAACAGAGAGAAGCGUCGAAAAACCCAAACUAAUGAAGGUUCUCAAAAGAAAUAAGGUGCAUUGA